AUGAAACCAAAUUGCAUGAAACAUGAGGCGGCCUGGUGCAGCACAUUCAGUGGCCAAAAAACAUCACAAACGAGAGAGUUGGCUGGAUUUGAGCUGAGUCUCGCGAAAAAACAAAUUUGUUCGCCAACGUUUCUGCCUGCGAAGCAACUUGAUUCAAACAAAUACACUCGGGUGCAUAUCAAUUUGGUUUUCACGGGUGAUUCAGCUGAAUCUCUCGUUUACGGUAUUCUUCAACUGGAUGUGUUGAACAAAGGCCCGGCUCAUGUUUCAGUUGGCACGAUAUUCGACAUAUCGCAGUAUAUUUUCAUAAAGGAAACCGGUCGUGGACUGUCGAAGAGUUUUCAGCAACCUUGUGAGUAG